AUGCUACACCUGUUGAGCCGGAACAGCAUCUGCUCCUUUCUGCAUCAAACUAAAGGCAUGAAAUUGCUCACUGUUUUCGGACUAUGUUUGGCAUUUAUCAGUGUAAUCGAAGCAUACUCACGUUGGCCAUACGAGCACCGGCUCCGCAAGGGCGUUGCAACGUUUACUACACCUUACGAAGGACAGGUCACCUUCACUCCAGUUGGCACUUCCGCUCUCCGAGUGAGCGGAAGAGUGAGCGGAUUGCCACCUAUGCAAAAGGUCGGAGUGCACAUUCACGAGACUGGUAACCUCGGAAACGGCUGUCUCGAUGCUGGUGCACAUUGGAAUCCAUUUAAUCGUAAUCAUGGAGACCUGAAUUCCCGAGUGCGUCAUGAAGGAGAUUUCGGAAAUCUGGAGACAGACCGGUCUGGCAACAUGUUAUUUGAUUUCACUGCUCCUGUCGAUCGUCGGGACAUAACGAACGGUUUCAUCGGCCUCACUCUUGUGAUACACGAGAAAACGGACGAUCUCGGAUUGAAGGAUAACGAGGGGAGCCGAACAACGGGAAAUUCGGGUGGCCGAAUGGCUUGCGCUGUGGUCGGGUUGGCAGAAAAACCCGUGGUGCAUGACAGCAGGAAGUAGACUACCUAUCUGAUGAAACAUAAAAUUGUUAUCAUCGCAACGCUUGCACCGCUGUUUCUGGUACAUUUCGACUGUAGAAUGAGGUCAUUCGGAUAUUAAUUUGGUAAUAAAGGCACUGCGGUUUUUAAUCUUAAAUUUAAAAAUGCCCAUAUCUUAGC